ACAUUAUAGUCGUGGCCAUUUCUUAUUCUGCGGAGUUAAAUCUUGAGAAAAGAGAAAUCUGUAGAAAAUGGCUUCAUAUUUGCAAUAAUUAUUGCGUUUCAGAUAAAAUUCAGUGUUUUAAGAGUCCCUAAACAGUGAUAAAUAGUGAAAAUACAUUUGAGCAAAUUGUUGCCAACAAAUCAAAUCGUCAUAAAACAACAUGUCGGAGAACGAGGAGAUUCCGGAGACGUCGGAAACCCAGCUCCUUACAGCGGAGUACAAAGAUGGGCAGCUGCAAAUCGUGGAAAUGAAUCCAUUUGAUAAAGUGGAAGGGGUAAACGACAUGCCAAGUUUGGAAGGUGACAAUGUACCGAAGUAUGUGCAAGUCAUAAAUCCGGACAAGUCUGUGAUGCAGCUCGACCUACUCAAUUUGACGCUUGUCAGGUGCGAAGACGGCUCAGAAUCCUACCGGCUGGUGUCUGCGUCAGAGAUUGGCGAUAGCAGCUCAGAAGCAACGGUCACGUGCGUGCUGCACUCCAGCGAUAAUGAAGCGGAGGUGAUGCUAGCAGACGCGGAGGCGGAUGCGGAUGCGGGCGCGUACGUUGUGAUGGACGGACGCCCGCUCGUGCUGUACGAGCAGGAGCCGCCGGAGCCGGAACCGGCGCCGGAACCAGCGCCGCAGCCGGUGCAGGCGCCGGUGCCGCCAAGAAAAUUGACGCCGAACGAAAUUUUGGAGAGAGCCAAAGCGUUACAGAAAGCGAAGGCGCAGCUAGCCAGCCUGACGCCCAAACGGCGCGGGCGCGGCCGCCGCUCUGAGCUGCCUCCGCCGCACGAGCUGCUGGCGUCGCCCGGCUUCAAGCUGUUCCUGUACUCGUGCCGCAUGUGCAGCUUCAAGUGCAACGCUGUGAAAGAGAUGACUAAACACAAGGCGGAGCACAACUGUUGGCGACGGUCUUCCGCGGGCACGCUACAGUGCGCGCUAUGCCCGUACCGGGUGAACACUCACUCACAGAUUAUGAAACAUGUUCAAGACGUACACGCCGAAGAUAAACCGCAAAAGGGGAACAAGGUGCACCUAGACACAGCGGAGGUGGCGGCUGCUGACGUAUUGGUGUGCGGCGCGUGCGGCUACGAGUCGUCGUCGCGGCCGCUGUUCCGCGCUCACAUAGAGGCUGUACACGGCGCCACGGCUUGCUGACGGUACAUUAAACAGAUGCUGAAAAAAGGAUUCGCCAAUUGUUAGCGAGAAAUAUCUGUACAUAUUUUCUUCUUUCGUGUGGCUUCAAGAAGUUUGAAGUUGUUUGUACAUUAGCUAUGUAUCUAGUUUUACCUAUUUUGAUUCAAAAGUAAUAUCAGAUACUGAGAUUCUUCAGUCUCUCUAUAAGUCCAUUUUCAAUAUAAUGCAUUUACAUAAUUGACAGUUUCUUUACAUAAAACUACUACAAAAUUUCCGGAGACUGUGUCUUGUCCACCCACAAGGUGGACCGACGACCUCGUAAAGGUAGCAGGAAGGCGCUGGAUGCAGGCCGCUACCAACCGGCCAUUAUGGAAAUAAUUGGGGGAGGCCUAUGUUCAGCAGUGGACGUCCUGUGGCUGAAAUGAUGAUGAUGUGUUUUGCUGCUCCUUUAUUUACCCGACUGCGCCAAGAAGGGUUACGUUUUUCGAGUGUAUUUAGGUAUAUUAUUCUGUUGGAAUAAAUAAUCAUUAGGUAGAAUCCUAUUUAAUAUUUUUAAUCAACGCCUUCUCGUACUUAGUGUUCAAAAUUACGCAUUUGUGAUAGUAUAAUGUAAGUAAGCUCUUUGAAAUAGUUAAUUUAUAUUCAGUAAAUUAAUUUUAAAUUGUCGUAGAUAUUAAGCUAGUUUUGGUGAAUUAGAAAUAUUAGUUAGAAAAUCGUAGACGUUAUAUUAUGAAGUUUUGUCGGUCUUUACUAAGUUCUUGAAUUUAUAAAUUCAAAAAUAUGCGAUAAUAUCAGUAACGUAAAUUUUGUAAUACACUCAACAUCAAAUAAAUCGCACCUUCCGCGACGCGAACUUUAAAGAUUUUCUUCUGACACAAUCAUGAUGCCCCAACAAUAUUGGUGUUAUUUGAA